AUGCCACCACCAGUCCCUCAAUACGAUGAUUAUGAUUACGAGAACGAAGUUCAACUUCAGCCUAGUAAUCACAAAGAUCAUGCACGUCAAGGUCAGUCUGGUCAUUCUUUUUUGAAGAACCGCAGAGGUCCAAUGGACAGGUUUGUUGUUCAACCUCCUCCUGAUGUUUUGAAAGGUAGAAAAGAUACAAAACAAGAUAUAUAUGGAGUAUGUGACAAGGAACUUAGGGACAGGGCAUGUAGUGCUAUAGCAAGGUGGUUCUAUAAUGCUGGAAUUCCUUUUAAUGCAGCUACUUAUGAUAGUUUUAGAGAGGCACUCGAGUUAGUUGGCCUAUACGGUCCUGGCUUUAAGCCACUAACUAUGUAUGAACUACGAGUUCCUUUGUUGAAAAAAGAAGUCAAAGAAACUGAAAAGCAGUUGGUGGAGCACAAGACAGAAUGGGCAACUAAGGGUUGUUCAUUCAUGUCUGAUGGAUGGCGUGAUUCAGUUGUUCAAAAGGACCUUUUGAACUUCCUUGUUAACUCGCCAAAAGGAUCAAUUUUCAUCAAAUCAAUUGAUGUUUCAGAGGUAGUGAAAGACUCUAAUCUACUGUUUAAUAUGCUUGAUAAUAUGGUGGAAGAAGUUGGAGAAUCAAACGUUGUCCAAGUGGUAACCGACAAUGCUUCAAACUAUGUAAAAGCUAGAAAACUAUUAAUGGCCAAACGACCACACCUAUUUUGGCUUCCUUGUGCUGCACACUGCAUAGAUCUCAUGUUGGAGGAUAUAGGACAAAUUCCUGCGGUGAAAGGUGCAAUAAAGAACUGCAUCUUCAUGAAUGGCUACAUCUACAGUCAUACUUCGCUUGUGAAUAUGAUGAGGAGAUUCACAAAGGCAAGAAACCUGCACAUACCAGCAGUUACUCGGUUUGCUACAAUAUUUAUCACACUUGGACAGUAUCACAAGCAGAAGGGUAACUUGAGGAAGUUGGUCACUUCUCAAAAUUGGAAUGAUUACAAGUGGCCAAAGGAAACAGAAGCUAGGAAAGUGAAACAAAUCAUUAUGCAAGACAAUUUUUGGAGGAACGUUUUAUAUGCACUCAAGUUGAGAGGUCCCUUAGUUAAAGUGCUUAGGAUGGUUGACGGAGAGAGAAAACCAGCAAUGGGAUACAUGUAUGAAGCCAUGGAUAGAGCUAAAGAAGCAAUCGCUAAGGCCUUCAACAAUAGAGAGAAAGAUUACAAAUGUGCAUUUGAGAUAAUUGAUCAGCGUUGGGACUGUCAACUCCAUCAGCCAGUGCAUGCUGCUGGUUUCUUUCUGAAUCCAAAAUUUCAUUACACUAAAGAGACCGAGGUGAAUUGUGAAGAGGUUAUGACAGGUUUUUUUGACAUCGUCUCAAGGUUGGUUCCUGAUCUUGCAUCUCAAGACAAGAUACUUCAAGAGGUGGAUCAAUUUAGAAAUGCAACAGGACUCUUUGCUCAUCCCAUGGCAGUAAGACAUAGGGAUAAGAAAUCCCCAGCUGAUUGGUGGUCUUGUUAUGGAGCAUCUACUCCAACACUUAAAGCAUUUGCAAUAAAGGUCCUUAGUCUCACGUGUAGUGCAACUGGCUACGAGAGAAAUUGGAGUGUAUUUAGCCAUAGAAAGAGGAGGAUUCAAGAGAGAAUCAAGAGAGGUUGUGAGUUGUGUGUGAUUGAGGGUGAAGGACAGCUUCUGUUCGAGUGUUUAAGAGGGCAAACGGCUGGGAAAUUCGAGGAGGAUUGGGGUGAAACUUUGAGGAUAAGUUCUCCAAUCUCCGGUCUCGAUAUGGGCGAAAUCCGUUUGUCUUUUCGUUGA